AUGGUCUUUUUCAAAACUGGUGGCAUCCACGAGUUCAGUAAUGUGCCAAAAGUUUCAGGAUUUGUUAUGGAACAUGUUAAUGGUGGAUCGGAUUCAGAGGAAUAUAAAGUUGCUGUUCAGGAGAAUUGCACCACAAUCCCAAUGAGCAAAGGAAGGAUCUCUUGGCAUCCACCUUUGGUAAACCUGUUCAAAAUAAAUGUUGACGAUGUUGUUUUCUCCACGCAAAAGGCAGUGGAUGUGGGAGUGAUCAUCAGGGACAACAAGGGGAGAAUUGAAGCCACAAUGAGUAAGAAGAUCCAUGCUCUGCUGGGAGCAGUGGGGGCAGAGGCAAAAGCCUUUGAAGUUGGCAUGCAAUUUGCAGAGGACAAUGGAAUUCAAGAUGUCCUCUUAGAGGGAGACUCUCUUAUUAUUCACUGUGCCCUGUGUGAGCUGUCCACCCUUCCUUCCUCAGUGGCUUCAAUUGUUGUAGGCAUCCAAGAUCUAUAUAAUGACUUUCGCCGUGUAGAGUUCUCCAUCCUAUGUUCGGAGAUAGGGGAAUAA